UCUGAGAUAAAAAUAACAAGAAGUUUUUGUUAUCCAUUUGUAUCAUUCUACGUGUUUGCUAUUUGUCAACAAACUGUGAUGACGCUUGCCAUCUCUUUGGACCUCAUGCUAGCUUUGAUAUUUCCUAUGUGGCAUCGUUCGGCGCGGACACAAUCCUACGUUAUCGUGGCAACUAUACUGUGCUCGAUUUAUCCUCUGAUUACGACUUUAUGGGGAUUCGCUACUAUGAACGACGAAGUCAUUCUUUUUUGCAUCCCCUCUCUAGGACUGACACCGCUACCUAGUCGA